AUGGUAUCGUCGUUUCUCUCUCUACCACGCGAAAUUCGCGAUAAGAUUUACUACGAGACGCUCUUUGCAAACAACGUAUCGCGCAUAGGUGCUCGAGCCGUGAAGAACUUAAACACGUGGUUCGCAGGCCGAGAGCAUCUACCAGGCUAUUAUCGACCGCUUCUCCACUUCCACAAAGCCGGCGAGCCAAGGUGUCCCAGUUCUGGACUCAUCUUCAACUGGAGCCACGAAACCCGCGUCGCAAGUGUGCCUGCCAUCUUUCAAGUUGGCGGGAUGGUAGCCGAGGAGGCCAGGGAGCUGUAUUUGAGAAGCCAUAUGUUGUUGUUUGAGGCGAAAAUUUUGGAUGAUGCUGAUGCAGCGCUCACUCGGUGGUCGAAUUGUCUGCGGCAGAAUGACCUGGCUUUAAUUCAGAGGUUGCACCUUUACGUGCAUGUCAGCCUUGUUUUCAACGUCCCUGAGGACCACUCGCUGGCUAAAAAGCUACGAGAAGCAGGCGAAUUUUCACUGGAUCUCGUGGAUCCAGUCUUCCGUAUUGAGCUUCAGAACGGUGGCGAUGAUCUCGCAAUCGUCAGCAUUGCGCGGUUUAACAGCGACUUUAAGGCUGUUGUCAUUUCGAGUAUGAAGAAGAUUUUCGGCACAAGGAUGCGCUCGAAUCUGGCUGGUUCAUUCACAGGCGAAGACCUUCUGCUUGCAACAAGGGCAAUGCUCGACGCCUGCGGGAGCUGCCGAAAAGCCGCAGAAAAUAUUGUUGGACAGUUAGACAUCGAAGACGUCGCAUGCAUUUAUGAUUAUGCCGACAAGGACGACAGCGAUUCUCGCACUUAUGGAAAGGUAGUCAGAUUACGUGACAGAUGGUUAAAUGCUGUAUUCAAGUAUAGCAAACAACACAAUCUUUGA